CUUGUUAUUAUCAAUUGUGAUAAGGAUAAGAUAAACUAUGAUUAUAUUUCUGAGUUGCGAAAAUUGAAAGCUGUUUCAAAUAUCUUAGUGCUCUUUCUGCAGAACUUUGAAAGGACAUUCGUGGUCAGAUUACUACCGAUGUUUUCGUAUAUCAAUAUCAUUUAAAUUUAUUGCAAUACUUAAACAUGAAAGCAUUUUUUCAUCUUUUUUACAGCAGUUUACAUGAUCUAGUGAAAGUCGGUGCUUAAAGCUCACUCACUUGCAUCCAUGCUUAUUCUCGAGAGAUAUUAUCUUCCUUUUUUUAUUCUUUUGCUGACCCAUCUUCGCUAAUUCAGUGUGAUGUCAAGAGCUACUCCAGGCAUAGAUGCAAAGUACAAGUUGAUACCUCAAGCAUACAGCGAUUCUGAAUUAUCAGAAGAAGAAAUACAAAGCAUUAUUCAAACCCAUGGAUUUCAAAUUAUAUUGAAAAAUCGUAUUCGUCUAGAUGACACAAGCUCUUUGGAUCAGGAAAAUGGGACUUUGAAAACUAACUACCAGCCCUUGGAGUCAAUGGAAAGGUCGCAGAAUACGCGCACAUCCUCAACAUCAACAAAAACUCAACCAGGAGGGUCCCCAAAAAAUGAACUAUAUUACGUAAAGCCUAUGUCAAAUUUGCGGAAAAUAGCUUUUAUCUCCUCCAUAUUUAUUUGCAUAAGUACAGUUAUAAUAUUUCUAUGGAUUGUCCCUUGUGGUAUCGAAACUUGUCCAGCAAAACUGCAAUUACUUUCAACGACCUCGUGGGAAAAACUCCUGAUUGAUCUCGAGAUCAAAGGAGCCAUCACCAUAAUCGAAGGUUCCUGGGAUAGGGACCAAAAUUUAUUGUUUAUGUUACGAGGCUCUUUAUGGAAGAAGUUACACGUUCCAUUAAGAGGAGAUAAUUUUCCACCCCAAGGUGGAGGAUUAGUCUCUUUAAUUAGUUCAAAUGGUGCUCUAGCUUGGCCAAGCUAUCGAAGGUUGAAUAAUCCUCCCACGGACAUAGAUUGUGCCCUAAUUGACACUGAUAAUGACGGUGUCAAUGAAUGCAUUGUCACUGGGAAGGCUUUUAUCGCUGCUGUUUCACCGAUUAAAGGUGAGACAAAGUGGCGAUACCCAUCUUUAUCUACCCUUUACCAAAGUAAAGACAUUGAUUUUGAAUUUCCUGUGAUAUUACCCGAUUUGAAUGGUGACAAAGUGCCGGAACUGGCCACAAUUAGCUGUGAUAAUCAAUCAUCAACCACUGAUAACCAUAACAAAUAUCAACUGUUAAUCAUUUCAGGGUCUGAUGGUUCUGUGAAAUUAAUAGAAAACAAAGAUUGUGUGGAAAUGAGUAAUCUAGGCUUUGAUUUAUCUCAAAUCACAUUAUUAUAUGUUUGUAAAUUGAAUUCAAACGAUGAAAAAACCGCAACGUUAAAUUUGAGUGAUGUGUUCAAAUCCACCAAUGCCAUUAAUAUUAACAGAAGUUCCUACACACUGAAGCAACACGAACGUAUUAUUUUUCAUAAAAACUACACUGUUGGUGAGCAUACUCUGACUGUAGAAAAUCAUGGAACUCCACCGUUUGAUUGUUUCGUGAACAUCACAGUAAUGGAUAGUAAAGGGAAAGUGUUCUGGCGCCAUUUUUCUGAACUAUCAACCGUGAUGAUCCCUGUUACCAUUCAGUUUAAAAAUUCUGUCUCAGGCUUCCUACUGAAAGUUUGGGAGUGGCUACCCUCUUCGCAAGUGGAAGAAACUAGUAAAGACCAUUUUGCUGUGCGCAAAGUGAGAGAAAAUGUUAUACUCAUUGUUUUCAACGGAACUGGAAAUCUUCAUGUAGUUAGUGCGAGUCAAAGUGAUAUCACACAGUUGUGUUAUGCAAAACAGUGCCAGCCAGAUCAUCAACUGCAAGGACAGUCAAUGUUAUUAAGUGAUCUCAACCAAGAUGGUCUGCAAGAACUGGUUUCGUAUCAAGUCACUUUUGUGAAUCUGAAAGAAGGAGAGUCAAGUAUGGGCUUCCUGAAGAAAUCAUUAGAUUCAGAUUGGCAGCUACAGUCAAAAGUACAAGUCAUUCAUCUCGAAGCAGAACUCCCGAAACUCUAUGAAAAUAGAUCCAAUCAACUGACAAGCAAGUAAUGCAAGUAUUAGAAUAUUUCAACUUGCUCUGUUUUCCAAUGAAAUUACUGUUCUUUUACCAAAGAUAAAAAGUCUGGAAAUGAAUAUUUCCCUCUGUGAUAUAUCUUCCUAUCAGGAAUUAGACAUUGUUUGAAAUUAUGUCUCCCUCUUAAGGCACAAAAGUGUACCCUCAUUUGUUUCAAAUCAGAAGAUGAGAAUUUGAAAUCGUCGUUGAAAUUGCAUCCUGAUGCAGUACCUACAUUUUUUGUAGCAAGUAUACUUUGAAAAGAGGGUAACAGCAUGAUAAAAUGAUUUUCUGAAUUUUUUUCCUUUCUGAGAUUUGUCUAGAUUGUGGCAGGUUUCCCUUUCUCGGCAAAAUAGGCUGCUUGCUGAAGUGGAAAAAUGAUACACCACAUAUUUCAACGCUAUGAUAGUCUAUCCUUUUUAGCUGGAAAGAACCUUGCAUCAAGCUUCUGAACCUUUAACUAUCUUUCUAUGAAACAAGAUAAGAUGACACAUUAAUUUUGCCUCCUUUCAGACUCAUUUUCAGAAUUUCAUCAUACUCAAAGAAAUUGAGUGAUAUUCCAAAACAUCAACAGUGACACUGCAAAAAUGCUCACCUUGGCUGCGUUGUUUCAAAAUCUCUGCUCCAAUUCAAUUUUUUAAAAGUAGACCAAUCCAACAUCAUAGCCAUAAGUUCUCAUAAAAAGCCCUCACACAGAAAAGAAAAAUCGCCAAAAUUUUCAAGAAAUGACAGUUGGAAGUUUUUUAUAGAGAGAAUAAAGUGUUACAAGAAGUUUGCAACGCAACAAACCAAGAUAUGCAUUUCCGCAGUUUCACCAUUGAUACGCAAUUUCAUGUUAGUAAGUAUGAGUUUUUUUGCUGCGGUAAAAACAUUUAAAAGACUGAUUUUUUUUAUCCUGUAUGAAAACAUGUCCUAAUACUGUAUUUAUCACUAAAAAAUACCAAUAUGUUCGAAGAUAUAAAACAGCUACCUAGAAAUGUUCUGCUUUUUGCUAAAUGUUCUUAUACAGAGAACAAAUUAUAGUAGGAUAAUAAAGGCUGUAUAUACUUAAGGAAAGUGUGACUCUUAAUAGAAGACCAUACCUCUCACUUCUGUUUUCCAACUAUUUUAAGUGAUUUGCAAUUUAUUUGCCCUAAGUCAUGUACCCUUUUUUAAGGGCUAAUCGGACUCAUGUGUAUUUUUCAUUUCUAUUACUUCUUCUUUAUUUUUAUGAUUUUAUUAUUUUAUUCAUUCUUUUCUUUUCUUGUGUUUUUACCUCCUAAAUUCCUCGUAAUUUAUGUUCCUCUCAGGUUUUGUUGUUUUUUUAUCGGUAUUUUUAUUUUUAGUUUUGCCAAUUGUCAAUUGACGAUUGAAAAAGGUCCAACUCUGUCACAGUUGGGGACUUAAUAACCUUCAGUCUUCAAGUCAGCAGCCUGAUUGUUGAUAUUUUGUGUUUGUCGGGUAGACAUAGAUGGCAUAAGUGAAAAGGCGGAGUGUGAUUGGUUGGCCAUGUUUUAUCGCUGCUUCAUCACACCUUUGUCAGGCGGAAUGGACAACGUACUGUUGGAAACUUUUGAGGUGCCUUUAGCUUGUCAUGAGUUUCACCCAACAUAGGCAUGAUAAAGCAGCGUUAAAACUUAGCCGACCAAUCUUGCUCCGCCUUUUAACCUAUUUCAUCUUUGUCUACCGGACAAACACAAAAUUUCAACGAUCAGGCUGCUGGUGUAUAUGAUAUUUUUAAGGACCUUAUCAAACUAGUUUAAAAGAAAGUUCAGUCAUUAGGUUUCAAUUACUCUUUGCUGGAGUUAAUGGAAGAACGCAAUAUGGUUUCAACUACGAAUUUUUGUACAUUAGAAUUGAUUACUUUCAGAUAUGUAUUAAGUAUGCUGAAAGUAAAGAAACUCAAGGAAUACGUGAGCAUCCGAUUACUGUUCGCCUUUUAUGUCAAUCUUUGGAUUUCAAAAAACAUGCAUUUUUUUUCAAAGUAAUUUGAAAUUCUUUGAUGAAUUUCUCAGAACAGAUAUCAACAUCAGAUAAAUCCAAAACCUAUUUUAAAAAUGUUCGCACUCACAAGAAUUUGAUACGUAUUCUUGGGCUCCUUUUGCAUGACUUUAUUUAUGCUGACCAUCCUUGAAGUUAAUUUUUCAAAGGAACCAUCGACAUUUUAGGAGGGUGAGCCUGACAAUGUGUAAAUCUUCAGGUUUGUCAGCAACCAAUCAGCAUUCAGACAACAGCAGUACGCUUUCAUUUGAUGUUAUCCCGCGUUCAUGACUUAACCGCUCACCGCCACUUUGAAAAAUCAGUUGUAAUUUGGGGGAGGGGGGUUCCUUUUGUUGUUAAAAAUUUUAAGGACCAACAAACCAGUAGUUACACCAUUAAUCAUGGAAACGUUCGAAUUUUCAUUUUGAACUCUUAACAGUUUUUUAUAAGUGUACUUAGGUAGAUGAAGUUGUUUUAAUUUGUAUCUCUCUCAAACUAUAUAUCUUUAUUCAUCUUAGAAAUCAUCAGUAGUGAAAUAUUUUCAAAGUCCUAAAUGUAUAUAUUGUAUGACAAAGAGAACAGUUUAAAAAAAAAUAAAAUGAUGCUUUUUAAAAACUGAAGAAAGGGGGAAAAUACUUGUGUGGAUCAGGUAAAAAAAAAAAAAAAAAAAAAAAAAAAAAAAAAGCUAACAACAAGCAAUACAGGAUAAUAUUUUUUAUUGAAUGCUAUUAUUUACUACCGAAGGUAGGCAGUGAAUAUUGACUUUUUUUAAAUAAGAAGGUAGCCGACAAGGCGAAGAAAAUUUUUGGGCAAGAAUUUAACGUUGAUGAUUUCAUUUUGCUCUCUAGUCUUUUUCUGCCUCACCAUUUUUAUUCUCUUUUUUAUUUUUCUCGAUUAAGUGUUCCUAAUAAAUUUCAUGUUGAUUCUCUUUUAACAUGGAGGUUUUGUCUGCAUCUUUAUUCCUUUUUUACGUGGAAUUAGCCCUGAGGUACCUAUCAAGAUUCUUUCCCCUCUAUGUUGGGGAAUGCUUCCUGAGACGACCCUCUUUGACUAGAAAUUUCAACUUCCUCAUUUUCUUGGGUUUUGAUGUCUCCUCUUUCUGUAGUAUUCUAGGAAAUGAUGAUACAUUGUUCACUUAAGUUACUAUUUUCAUGCUAGCUAAUACAUUAAGUCUCCUAGUGGUCGAUAGUUGAAAUUAUCUCAGGCUGUGUUGAAAAGAUAAGACAGGACAAAACCCUAUGUACACGAAUAUACGAGUAUGUAUUAAUUUUCAAUGUCUGGUCGCGCCUCCUUAAAUUUCAACAACCAACCCUACUGCAGAGAGACUUCCAUCAUGAAUCUGAUUUUUAAUGCACAGCCUGUCGGUGUGUUUUUUAUUAGUCAAAAAAUAGUUUGAAUGUAAGUGAAGGGGCAUUGUAAACUCAUUCACGCACAACUGUUCUUCGAAGUUGCUUUAAACUUUUUCUGUUAUGGACAGUCCAAAUUUAUUUUUCAUGGAAUAUUAUUUGUUUAAUUUGGAGACGACCUCUUCAUUUUGGUCUUUCUUUGCUUUUUUUAUCCUCAUCAUUGAACUAAGUUUACCUCAUACUUAGGAUAGAAAGAACAUCCCUAUGUGUGACAGGGGUAAACAGUUACUGUGUAAGGAAGGAAAACCCCAUUUUUGAGUCAGGCUAUGUUAAUAAGUGCAUAUAUUCUAGAUGUCAGAACGGUAAAAUACUUUUUCAAAGUUGUUGAAACUGCAGGAACGCGUAUCUCGAUUUGUGACGUAGCAGACUUUCUAUCCUACACUAUUUUUCAAGGUCUUUUCUUGAAAUCUUCCUUGAUUUUUCUUCUCGGUGGGAAGUAUUAUCCAUGGAAAUCUUUAGUAGUAGUGUUGGUUUGUCUUUUUCUGACAAAAUAAAAUAGGAGUAGAAAUUUUGAACCAUCUAAACGAAAUAUUUGUUUCUGCAGUCGCAUCAUAGACUCCAUAAUAGCGUACAGUGGAUUCGUCAUCCAAGGAGUACGUAGCCAGUGAAUACCUCCAUUUAAAUUCAUGAAAUACUAAAUCAAAUAUUUUUUUCAAAAUCAUUAUUAUGUACCCUGUUCUUCACUCAAAGGGGUAAAAAUUGAAAAACAUAUCCAUGGAAGCAUUCUUGGUAUCCUUAAAUCAUCUCAGAUAGUCUAAAAUGGCUUACUGAAAUGCUAUUUGCAAACCUAGUCGAUAAAUUGCAUUCUCGUUUGCUUGGUAGUGAGUGCCUACUACAGUCAUCUACCUCUCAUUAAAAUUAGAGUAUAACUAAGUAUAAACGCUUAUUUUCUCAAAAUAAUGUCUUGUCUUGCCUACAGGAAAAUUUUUUGACAAAGUGAAGUCAUAACCAUGGUGUCGAGUGAUUUUAUUUCACUAUGACUCGACUUUAUCUUAUUAGUGUGGAUCCAAAAACAUGCUUAAUAUACCCUAAGUACAUCUAAUUUUUACGGAGCCUUGUCCUCUUGUUCGUAAAUCUGUCAGUAAAGAAUUUUCAAUUCCACA